AUGCGUCUCUCCGCCGCGCUCUGCUCACCCAAUCACGCUUGGCUGGGAUGCUUGAAAUCAGCACAAUUGCAGCGUAUUGCGCGCGCCACAGGUAUCCAGUCAUCCGGAACGAAGGGUGUGCUUGUUGAGCGGAUUGCGACGGAGUUGCAGUUGCAGCAUGGUGUUGCCGGAUGUCCAAACUCGACUUCCAGCAAGAGCAAGAGCAAGAGCAAGCCAGUGGGGCUCUCAGCAGCAAUUACCAAUGAUGCUGCGCACUCAAAACAACAACUGCCGUGGAGUAUCCUAAGCAUCGACAUGGGAGUCCAAAACCUCGCAUUCGCUCAUCUGCGGGUCUCCCGCUCUUCGGACUCUGCUUCUGCUUCUCCAGACCCAGACCAUCCUCCAGAACUAGAGUUAACGGCAUGGCACAAACUUGCCGUUUCAGAGAUAUCAAAUCUGAACCUAAUACCGACAACUUCAGACGACCCAUCAAUACCAUCAGAAACGACGCUCCCUGUCACAAAAGCCAAAUCAAAAGAAAAAGAAAACUACAUACCAUCUCGCUACGCCCAAAACGCCUACAAACUGAUAACAUCCCUCCUUGAGGCCUACAAGCCAACCCACAUCCUAAUCGAGCGCCAACGCUUCCGGUCCGGCGGCGGGAGCGCAGUGCAAGAAUGGACACUGCGCGUUGGUGUCUUCGAGGGUAUGCUGUAUGCCAUUAUCCAUGCGCUGCGGGAGGAGAGGGGCGGGCCUUUGCAGGAUGUUGUUGUUCAGGGCAUUGAGCCGAAGAGGGUUGUUCGGUAUUGGCUUGAAAGUGGCACAGGGAAUGAUACCAAUGAGAAAGGUGAUGAUGGGAAGGCGAAAAAACUUACUGCGAGGGACGUCAAGAAGGCGAAGAUCGAUCUUGUUGCGAGGUGGCUUUCUUCUGCUAUGAAGCAUCGGUAUCAAGAUCAAGACCCCAGCAACCGUGGCCCUCGAAUUGGCAUAAUGGAACCUGGGUUGCUUGCAGAUACCAAGAUCGUGCUAGCAUCUCCGUCAAAGUCGCCCGUUCUUCAUGAUGUUGCCUCUGGAUACCUGCAAAAAUGGCAGGGCCAGGCGAGCAGGAAGUCCAAAGCUGCGAAAACGAGACCAAGUGACAAGGAGAUAGUGACUGAAUCUGCCUCUGCCGCUCCUGUUAUAGAUGGCGUGGCUCUUACUCCUGCAACUACAAACAUUGAUCUCGGAAAACUGGACGAUCUAGCCGAUUGUCUCCUGCAGGGUGUGACAUGGGUUGAGUGGCAGAUGAUGCGGGAGCGGAUUGUAAGGGAUGAGAUGAAGGCAUUGGAGUCGAUACCUGAAUAA